CGAAUUCGCCACAGUAUGUGCCUUCCAUUAUUUGUAAACAUGCAAAAGAUCCGUUAAGACCGAAGACCCGUAUUUGGAAAAUUUCAAGAUUUGGACCCGUCGGAUCUGUAUAAAGACCCGGCUCACGGAGACAGAACCGAGUUAUGAGUUCCAACAAUCACAACCCUUCUCGGAAAAACUCUAAUAACUUCAAUAGACAUGGAAGUAACCAUUCGAACCGACCUAAUCAUCCCAGGUGGCCGAAUAGGUAUUCCAAGGAUUUCAACAGGGAUUAUGAUAAUAAUUUCAAUAGAGGUGAAUGUUCAGUAGCUACAAAUACAAGCCCUAAAGAUCAAAACUACGGACAUGGUUACCCGAAAAACACCCAGUUGAGUCCGGUCUCCAGAAAUAAUCAUAUUCAUUAUUCCGGGGAAGGUGCGGGCAUUCCAGGUCUUCCUCUUCAAGACAGACGACACAACUUGAUCCAAAACCCACCAGAUAGAAGACAUAGUAUGCAGCAGAAUUACCACGGUGUUAAUGAUAGAAGGCUGAUGCCAGGUCUGGCAGAUCGUCGACAUAUCUCACCACCCUUGCACAUCAAUAUUUGCGAAAAUAAUAGCGGACCAACAGAAAACAUUCAUCCCAGGGGGUUAAUGGAAUAUCCUCAACGAAUGUCUGCCAGAGAUUUUGUAUCUCCAGUGCACUUCCAGCAACAUUCUCCUCAAUACUACCGGCAAGCCAGUGACGAAAACAUUAAAAGCGAAAGUCCUUCACGGAAGCGCAGACGUCUGUCGCGGUCAGGCCAUCACUUGGACAUGCAAGUGGUCGGUCCGCCUUCCCCUCCAAGGCGGUCACCUAGACAGCAUCCGCCGUCCACUUCCCAUCAUCAGAUGCAGGGUAGCCCACCAUUAAGGCGGCCACGGUACAGAGACAGGAACGACUUCACCCAUUCCCACCAUCAGCAAUUUAUUCCCAGUCCUCCACCUGUCGCUCAUGCUCACCCACAUCAGAACACCGUUAUGGUUGACUUGAAUCAGCUACUGGUGCUCCCCAUAUCUCCUUAUGUACGGCCCCCCCUGGUGCUCCACCACAUCUGCAUUCUUGUCACGUCCAUGGACACAUGUAUAGUGCGCCUCUCGUUCCUCCAGUGCCAUCAUUGGCAAACUGCCUAGCGCCUCCCCCAUUCGCUCCCGCCCCCACGCCGGUGCCAGUCACUGGUCAUCAUCAGCACUACGGACUGGGACCACGUCCUGAAUUAGCCGAACUUGAACUUCUGCAACGCGGAGAUGCGCAUCAAGCUCAUCUGACUCCCCAUCCAGCUUUACAUGUACCCCAAAUUCAGGUACCGGCAUCAGCAGCUUCGCUCUUCCUAUCUGAAGCCCGUGGAGGUCCGUUAGAACUGCUGAGACAACGUGGACCCACACAUGCCCGACUAGCCCCACCUCGAGCUCAUCGCUGGCAUCAUAAUCCCAUUUUGACUCCAGCGAGAUAUUCCGGAUUUCUUCUACAUUUCCUUGCUAUGUUCUCAAAUCCGCCAAUGUCGCCGUUCAGUCAAACCGAUUUGAGCAGUUCAGACAGCACUGAGACUGAGAAUUAUGAAGCUCUAUUGAAUUUGGCUGAACAGCUAGGCGAAGCUAAACCCAGAGGUUUAGCUAAACUGGAAAUAGAACAGCUAGUGAGUUACAAGUUUAAUGCCGACACUCACGAAGGUGAUCAAACAUCAUGCGUGGUAUGCAUGUGUGAUUUUGAAGCAAGGCAAAUGCUGAGAGUACUGCCUUGCGCCCAUGAGUUUCACGCAAAAUGCAUCGAUAAGUGGCUCAGAUCGAAUCGAACAUGCCCAAUCUGUCGAGGAAACGCCUCCGAUUAUUUUAACAAUAACGAAUGAGGCCGAGUGUCUCAUUCCAACAAAUAAGUAACGCACUAGCAGUAGUAUAAUCUAUCCCGAUUAAAUGUACAAGUAAGGAAUGUGGAAAUCUUCUUGAGGUGCCAUUAGUUGCCACAGUUGCCAGUAAUGUAGAGUAUAUAUCAAGUAAAACUCCGCUAUAAUUCUGGAAUUUCAUAUUUUAAACGACUUAUAUGGGAUAGCUUGAUUCUUUUCCUUAUUAUAUUAUAUUUUACAGACGCUUUGAGCUUUUUUCCUGAAAAUAAGAGAGCUGGUAUUUGUGAUUAAUUUCAGUGCAAUGUUUAUCAAUAUAUCGAUUAAUAGCAAGUCAAUAAAUCAAAAUGCACUAGUUAAAUUAGCUGAAUAUCAUGUUUUUUUUUAUUCUUUUGUUAGACUCAGGGCUGUAUGCACGGUAAUGCUUUAAACGUAAUUCAAAGUUGUGUCGGUUAAACUGGACGAAUUUCAUUGCGUUUACGGAAUUAUGGUCCUAAGAUUACAAAUCCGAAAAAUCCAAUUAUCUCAAUAUUUGAAGGAUUUUGUCAACGGUUUCGUUAGAAAUUUGAAUUUUCUUUGCACAACUUAACUUAGUCAGAAAAACUGUUUCGUACUAGCAGACAAAAGCUCACUAGCAUACUUGUUAUAUCCCAAAUGCCGUUACUUUCAUGGGCUGUAUACAGUAUUUUAUAAAAAGUUCGUAUUUCAAAUUCGCGUAUGUGCUUUGCUUAGUUUUCCUAUCUAUCUUUAGUAUAAUAUUUGUUGUUAUGGCCUUUCCAUACUUAGUAUAAGUGUUUUUUAGAACAUUCUAAAAUCGUAGUUAAUUUCCCCAGUAUCUUUCUAGUCUCAUUUGUGGCUAGGCAGUUUUCCCAGAUGUACAUACUAUAUUCUUGUCUCACACUCGACUUCUUUCGUUUUUCAUAGUUCUAAGUUCUUCAACGCUUUCCUACCCAUAUAUGGUAUUACUAUAUUAACAGUUGUCUGCUAUAAAGCUAAAUUUUCUAUUUGCCAAAAUACCAAGUCAUUAAUAUUUUCUGUCGCAACAAGUUAAAUUCGUUUACGGUAAAUCGAAUCGACAUUGCUUUUGCAUCGCAACAAAACCAUUAAAGGAGAUCUAACUGUUUAAUCUGUAUUUGUAUCUUUCUUACCGACAUGCAUAUUAGUAUCGAAAUGUCCUUUUGCGGACUAUAGGGCGUUCUCUAAAGGAUUGUUCUCAUUUAUACGAAAAGGAAACUUGUGAUAUUACACAUUCGCAUUGUAUUGGCUUAAUCGGAUCACCCACAACUCAUCCCAAUAACGUUAGAUUGUCAAUUACAACAGUUAUAGGCUGUGUUUGAUACCAAACAUGUAUUGUUCAUUUAAUGAUAAUAUAACACGUCCAAUUAUUUUCAACUAUUUGCAUUAAAAAGAAUAUGUUUUCAACUAUUACAGUGUAUCUCGCUCCUCAUAUAAGUCGAUUUUUCAUCCAUCUAAUCAGGCUUAACGGUCUUCUCAAUCAAUGUACUAGAUAUAAUUCUGUUUUUCAACAAGCAAUUGUCGCAUAUACUUCAUGUGGUUCCUAGGAAUAGAUGCACUCCGUUUCAUGUUGCACUCGAGUGUGUUGUUUUCUACUUUUAAUAUAUUGAAUAAUUGCUUUACGUAAAACGGUUAUUUUCAGAUAAAAAGCACGACAUUUCUAGUGUUUUGUAAAAUAAAAUUAUAUCAGUAUCGAAUUCGAUAUACAAAUCAAAGUAUUGAUAAUGAACGAAAUUAGACUGAAGCACUAAUUGGUGAUGUCUUUAAUAGAACUAUUACAAUGUCAAAAAUGUAUUUACUGAAGCGAAAUGAACAUUAAGAUGCCUUGAUCAUAUACCAAUUGCUUUUGAAAACAGAUCUGCCUUAUUUACACCAGCAAACUUCAUAAAUUUUGCCUGUUCUGAUAAUUUUUCACUUGGAUGUGUAAGUGUUUUUAUAUUCGCUUCACAAGUUAACUACCUCUAACAUGAUGAAGUCUGCAAUCAUUUUUUAAUCGAGGUCCCCACGAAAAUGUUCUUAGCUAGCCUUUAAUAUAUUAAAUUUACAUAUACUGUAAAUUUAAUACUUAAACUUAAGUUAAAGGCACCCAUUUGUUUUGAAUAGAGAACUUAUGAGUUUAUAAAGUGAAAUAAUUUGUUGUCUCCCUUAAUAGCUUCUUAUAUUGGUUUUACUGCAUCAAACUUUGAAAAGUAACAGUUUUCAAGUCGAACAAAUUGAUUCAAAACGGAUUCAACGGUUAGACGACGAGCCUGAACGAAUACUCACUCCAUUAAGACUUUCAAUUUUAUAAUAUUUAUCAAGGCAGCUUGUGAACACAUUUGUAGAAGACUAAACAAAAAUUAAAAACUUGUAAAGGUAUUUUGAGCGCUAUAAUGGAAUCAAUUGGAACUGGCAUUAAACAAUUUCAGUUAAAGUGAUACACUUGUUUUAAAAUGAGUUUGAGCUAAACUUGAGCCAAAAAUUAAAUUUAUUGAUUAAUAUAUAAGUAUUUCAAUAAACUUUGGGGAAAAAAGAUCGUGAGCUACAACCAAACUUUUGAUUAAUUGAUCUAAUUUUUCAUCCUUAUUUACAAUUCGAUUUAAAAAAAAAAAAAAAACCAAGGCAUCCUAGGAACAUUCCGCGGGUACCAGUGUAGAAUUUAGUAUUAGGACACUUAGUUCGGUUUCUAAUUGUUGUGCGUAUAAUGACUACAUAAUAGUUAGUACCCUGUAUGUGUUAUUAUUUGUUAAAAUAAUUUUGUUAUUAACAUUGAAUUAGCUUAUGUACUGUUUUGCUUUAGCUUUAAAGGGUUUUAUGUUAAUUUGUCCGUACUCUUCCGAAACGCGUUAACUUUUGUUGAGAAGUUUGUUAUAUCCGUUAUCCAUCGAUUAUUGAUUUUUAAUUGUUUGCUUCUGGUAUGCUCUAAAAAUCUUGAAAUCCUCAAAAAUGUUAUUUUUGUCAUUCCUUAAUAUUAUUAACAACUGCAAUAAGUCAAGUGCAAUUACGGAUUUUAAAAUUUUUAGUGUUCUCUAUAAUAGGAACUGAGUGUAUUGUUUAGUUAGUGUUCCAAACUAAACCCUAAAUAGUAUGUUGGAUCUCCCUAAUUACUAACAAAUCUUAUAAUAAGCUAUUCUUAUACUAUUUCAAAAUACCAAUAUUCUUUUUCGUAGAAUUGUGAUACUAUUUUAUAUUUGAUAGAUCGGGUCAAAAUUUAACACCUGAAACCGAAUUAUAACAUAAUUCCUUCUUAUCUUGCCUUUUAAGGACCAAGCCACUUUUGAUUUCAACUUUGAACGACUCAGCAUAUUUAUAGGUGAGAAAUAGUGAUACUUAGCGUGAAAGAAAAAUUAUUUUCUACUUACUUACGCACUAACGUAUGUGAGAAAUGUAAGUGAACAUUUACUAAUCUUCUACCAGAAAUAAUGUUUCCUCAAAUUUAUAAAAUUGUCCGUCCACUACCAACAUUUUACUAUAUUAAAUAGGUCCUGAAUAAUUUGUCUGACCACGUACCAAAAAAAAGUAAUUAAUUAUUUUCAGUUAUAUAAAAGUGAGCAAAGAAUGGUAUCAAAAUUCUACAGAAACGAGUAUGAUCCAAGUAGUUAAUAUAUUGCACCUGGAAAGCCCUUCAUAGUCUAUAAUAUGAAAUUCAACAUGUAGCCGGAAAAGGAAAAAAUUAAAAUUAUGUAAUAGGUGUGCCUUUGAAUUGUACAAUUUACUAGUUUAUUUAUGUCUUUCACAUUUCCAAAAAUGUUAUUAUCAAAUUAAAGUAAUUGUCUUAAUUUCUAUUUUUUAGAUUUUUUAAACAGAAGAUAUUGCAUUCUCUAGUUCAAUGGUCAGUACUAAUAUUUAUUAAGUUUAUACAAAUUUUCAAAACAUAAAUAAUCCAAUUUGUAGAAAACAGGCAAUCUAUUUUUUUGCAACAAUGCAUCUAUGCCGUUGUAAAUAUUAGUACUGUAUUUAGAUCUGCAGACCCUAUGAGCAUACACACUUUUUUUGUAUUUUUGCAUUGUAAAUACUAAACAAAUAUUUAUUUCAUUAUUCUGUAUUUAAUUUUGCAGUUGAUCGUUUUAGUUGCAUUACUGUGCCCAUUAUGUAUUUCAGUUUUAUUUCAAUUAAAGGUGCAAAAGUGUUACAUAUCUGGUAUGAUUCAUAUUAUUGGAAAAGCAAUAUCUUCGCAUUAACGGGUAGUUCACAUUUUCAAUGUUAUAAUAAAAACAACUUUUAUAUAGGUUGUAUUUUUGUGAAUGUGAAUACGUGAUAUUUUGCUUUUAGUGAAAAAUUUAACAUAUACGUACUAAAAUGCUUAUAGUGUUGUAUGAGCUCUCAUUUCAAUAAACUAUAAACAGUUA